UUCGGUUGUCGUGUGACGUGAGGUUUGUCCAUACGGUAUCCAUGCCUCUUGUUGGUAGAUCCACAAAGUGUACUUCAAUGGUUCAGAAUUUGGCUCGAAAUCUUCCAUCAUACUCUUUGAUAUCGAUUCAAUCACAUGCCCUUCCCUUGCCUAUUGCUUGCAUGCUUGAUAUCGAACUCUCUCAACACAGUCGGAUCUGUGACUUUGAACGCAAAUAAAAUCCCGUUCUGUGCUGUACGGUGGUAUUCCAAAUCCCAUCCAUUCAUUCAUUGGCAAAACCCAAGGGAUCAUCUCACCCCAAACAUCCAAAAUCAAGGGUCCUCACCCAUCAUGCCAUCCUUCUCGUUCCUGUCUCCCAUCCGUGUGAGAAGAUAUUCCAUAAGAGGUCUAGCGGGUGCGCAAAUGCAAUUGUGCCGUCAAAGUGCGGAGGCGGUGAGGCACUGUAGAGGUAGUCUAGGGGUAGCAUCACUUGCAGCUGGCACCCUGAGCUGCCCGACAUCUGGGAGUCUGGGGGAAGAGAUGUGGAAUGUGGUUGGGAAUUGACGAAAUGGUUUAGUAAUGAUGUUGCGAAAGAAAACUUCCUCCUAGAGGUUUGAA